CGGCGCAGCUCCCAACACAGUUACGGCGGCAUUGCGACCAAGACGACGACCAUGUCUUCGGCUGCAGACUCGCAGGCCUUCGAGAUGAGUCUGCGCGACCAACUCAUCGCCGCUCAAAACAACCAUGCCCCUCCCACCCAGCAGCAACAACCUCUUGUCCACGCCCCACCUGCUUCUUCCUACGGCGCUCAUCAGAGUCAGCAAUCCAGCCAGCAGCAUCACCACGAUCAAGUCAUGGCUAUCCAGUCAUAUGGUAUGCCCCAUCAAGGUGCCGAUCUAGCCCACCCCCAUGGAGAUGCCGCCAACCCCAACACCCAAGGAACUGCACCCGCCAAGAAGGGAAGAAAUCAGCGCGAGCUCUCGAACACAAAGCGCGCCGCCCAGAACCGUGCCGCUCAGCGUGCUUUCCGUUUGCGUAAGGAGCAACACAUAAACCAGCUGCAGCAGGACAUCAAGAGGUAUGGGACCGCCGAGCACAACCUCAACAUUGUUCAGCAAGAGAACUCUGCCCUGAGAGCCUACAUCACUGAGCUCCAGACAAGAAUGACCGAGAAGAACAUGAGCUAUCCUCCUGCCCCUGAGCCCAUGCCACUGCGUUCUGCUGAAAUGUCGACCGACGACAACCAGUCUCCUCCUCUCCAUGACCAGGACCAGGACCAGACCUACCCUAACACGUCUGAUCGCCAGCCCUCUCAGCAUAACCAGCAUGACCAGCAGCAUCACUACCCUGUCAACUCUCCUCCUCAGAGCCAUGCUGCUGUCGUUCACGUCUACCCUCCACCAACCCUUACUCCUUCUCAUGACCAACACCACCACCGACAUGACCCUCUUGUUCACACUCAACACGCCCAUCAUGACUCCGCAAACGACCCUCUUCCUCCAGGUGCCAUCAGUCAACUCCAAGCUGCUGCCGCUCAAGCAGGUGACAUGGAUCGUCCUCACGCUCCUUCUCCUACGCAUCGUGACCAUCACCAGCAGGCUCAUCCUCAGGACGCUCAGUAUGUGCGUGCAAGUGAGUAUCCCGCUCACAAACGUCCCAGAAUUGACGACGAGCCUUCUCACCAAACACCCCCGAUCGACAAGCCAACCGCUUAGAAUGCGCAUGGCGACUUGUCGGAUGACUUUGUUGAUAUAAACACUUUGGAUCCCCAACUCCGCUCUUCGCUCGAACUCGAGCUCGAGCUCUUUGGUGACGACAGUGAUACUUUCUUCCAGAUUGACGGCAUAUUGCCUUCAGGUGCCGAUGUCAUCGACCAUCAGUGGGAUCCACUGGCUGACUGGAGACUCUAGCGACGGCCGAUCACAUGGCGUUACGAGCACUGCUUUCUCUUUCUAGCUCCAUUCGCCGCAGCAACCAAGCCCCCAAAAGACGAGC